AUGUCCAUCACCACCACAGGAACUGAGCUUUCGGUCCUCUCCCCGAACAGGCUCUCAGAAGGCAAGACCACUGAACUCGAUGGCACGCCAGCAUUUAAUGCCAUUACUCAGGCCUCUACCACGCCAGACUCAGCACAUAGCAGUCGUGGUGAGCCUCCCAGCCGUCCACAACGCCCGAAUAGCCCACUGCACAUCUUCCUCGCCGUCUUUCAACUAUGCAUGAUAAACUUCCUCAGCAGCUUCACCAACGGCAUCAUUACGGUCGGGCUACCAACAAUAGCGAGAGCACUUUCACUCCCUCGUUCGCUUUAUCUAUGGCCAUCGUCUGUCUACGGUCUGACGAGCGGUGCCACCCUUCUUCUGGCCGGGUCAAUUGCAGAUUUGAUCGGCGCCCGGCGCGUCGAGCUCUUCGGAUGUGUACUCCUGAGUGCCUUCACUCUUGCGUGUGGUUUCUCGCAGACCGGUAUACAGCUCGUGGUCUUCCGAGCGCUCCAGGGAAUUGCUAUGUCGAUGCACUUGCCGGCCUCGGUCUCGUUGGUUGCAGCGGCUGUGCCUCAGGGGAAAGCGAGGAACGUGAGUUUUGGAUGUCUUGGAAUGAGUCAGCCUCUGGGAUUUUCAGCCGGGCUGGUCAUCAGCGGCAUCGUGAUUGAGAAAGCUGGUUGGAGAUCUUGUUUCUACAUAUCAGGCGGUGCAAUUGUCAUCGCUACUGUCGCCGGCUUCUGGUCCUUGCCGAAAGCGCCACUAGAAGCACCUCAAGUCCUCGAGAACACCGAUCGCACUCCACUGGUGAUUCGCCUAUGGAAAGAAAUUGAUUGGAUUGGCGGCGUGAUCGCAUCGGCCGGACUCGCCCUACUCUCAUAUGUCCUGGCUAUUCUCAGCGCCAACCUCUCAGAUAUCCACAAACCCUCUACUGCGGUCAUGCUUACCCUCAGCCUUGUCUUGCUUCUAGCAUUUCCAUUAUGGAUGCAGCAUCGCGCACGGGUUGGCAAACCUGUCCUAAUCCCAAACGUCAUUUGGAAGAAAAUUCCCUUCACGUCAACCUGCAUUAUGGUCGCUUUGUCCUACGGAGUUAUGAACUCUAUGGAGCUCUUCUCCAGUCUCUACUUCCAGGAGAUCCAGAACACGUCAACCUUGUUUACUUCGCUUCGGCUGUUGCCUAGUCUUGUGGUCGGGACAGUUCUUAACUUGACUGUAGGGAUAUUCGUGGACAAGAUUCCCGCACGAUGGCUUGUAGCUGUCUCCUCUAUGCUCUGUGCUGUGGCUCCAUUGCUCAUGGCGAUUGCUGACCCGAAGUGGAGUUAUUGGUAUAUGCAAUUCUGGGCACAGGUCCUCUCACCCAUGUCUGGUGAUGUGCUCUUCACUGUCGGUCUGUUGAUCGUUUCUGACAACUUUCCUGAGCAGAUGCAGGCGCUGGCAGGAGCUGUGUUUAAUACUGUUGCUCAGUUUGGCAUGAGCUUGGGCGUGGGACUCUGUCAGGUUGUUGCGUUGGGUGUUAGUGGUGCCGAUUCUUCUUCCGGCCACGCUGGAUCCGGUAAUGAUAAAACUGAAGAUGCACAAUCACUACGAGGAUACCAGGCCAGCUUUUGGACCAUGUUUGCGAUCAUGAUUACCUGUAGUCUCGUGGCGAUCGCUGGGUUGAGAAAGGCCGGCCGGGUGGGGGUGAAGAGAGACUGA